CGCUCACUUCCUCCCCAUCUACCUAGGCAAGCUCAAAACGCUGUAUAGAUUCCCUGCGACGUGUGCUUACUUCUCAGCAUCAUGUCCGGCGCGAGGCACUGGGAACAAGACAAGGAUUCCACGAUCUACAUCGGCAACCUAGAUGAGCGGGUCACCGACGCUCUCGUCUGGGAGUUGUUUCUGCAAGCAGGCCGCAUUGUCAAUGUGCAUCUGCCGAAGGAUCGAGUCACUCAAUCACAUCAGGGCUAUGGCUUUGUCGAAUUCAACUCCGAAGAAGAUGCCGAGUAUGCAGCAAGGGUCAUGAACCAAGUCAGGCUUUACGGCAAGCCUAUCCGCGUCAACAAAGCCAGUGCCGAUAAGCAGAAGUCUGUCGAAGUUGGCGCAGAGCUGUUCAUUGGUAAUUUGGAUCCGAUGGUCGAUGAAAGAAUGCUUUAUGACACAUUUGGACGGUUUGGCACACUAGUGGCUGCUCCAAAGAUUGCUCGCGACGAAAACAACUUAUCGAAAGGAUAUGGAUUCGUCUCUUUCGCCAACUUUGAAUCUUCAGAUGACGCCAUUGCCAACAUGAACGGCCAAUACCUCAUGAACAAGGAGGUCUCAGUUCAAUACGCCUACAAGAAGGAUGGCAAAGGUGAAAGACAUGGUGACCAAGCUGAAAGAAUGCUAGCGUCUCAAGCAAAAGCUCAUGGUGUUCAACCCACUCCUGCCACGAUUCCAAUCGGUGGACCAGUGUUUGGUGGUGUGCCACAAACCCCUGUGCCUCCCGUGGGAUUUGCACAACCAGGUGGCAGUUAUCAAGCUGUCCCGCCGCCUGCACAAGCACGGCCACCACCUCCUCUCAGCACACCACUCACAGCUCCUCCGACCGGUCUUCCAGCAAGACCACCUCCGAGUCAGGCCGGAUAUGGCGGACCACAAGGCUUCAUGCCACCAGGCUUCAAUCAAGUGCCUGCAGGAUUUCCGCAGCCGAAUGCCUUACCUGCCGGGUUUGCGCCUCCUCCAGGGUUUGGGGGUCCACAAGCUGGUACCAUACCUUCUGCGCCGCCGGGAGGGUUUUCCGGAUAUGGCAUCCGUAAAUAACAAGAUGAUAUACCUAGGAUCUUGAAGAAUUUUCGGCAGUGAGACCUCCAGGCUUGCGAUCUGCUCAUGGAAGUCACCAUGGUUGGGCUAUUCAGCGCUUUGGGAGAUUAUCUUUCAUGAUCAUGGUCUUGUAGAUAUCGACGCUUGCUCAGGACCUUUCAACAUUCCACAGCCCCUUUAGCAGACCACUGUCUUGCACCUCCUUGUUGCAUCAUCGAACUAUCUCAUUCGAGAGACUACAUUGGAGCCACGAUUUUUGCGGUCCCUGACGUUGUUUGAUAUCGCAUCGACCAGACCAUUCAACACGCCGUCCUACAUGAAGAUGCAAGCACCGCAGCUUGUGGGCCUAUGGAUAGAUAUAUUGAUACUGGUGGACGCGGCUAUCCUCAAGUGUCAAUGAAGGUCAGGGAAAGGCAAGAUGGCACGUGCCACUAAGGCGCUUGACCUGGCACUCAAGCCAACAUCAUGGCGUCUCUUCGGGCGUUUCGCAGUUAAGUUGCAACUGUGGUCUCAAAGGACUCGGUCUAUGUCCAAACUCUUUGGACGCAGAUGCUAUUAUUAGGGAUAUGAGGCGAGGUCUGUCGUGUUGAAGGUUGGAAAACACAAGUUUUGUGGUGGCGGUUGCAUAUUGAAGGAAGAUGAGGAGGAUGUCUUGGAGUCCAGCAAUUUUCAUGUACUCGGCACUGAGCAGCUGCCUUCUGGAGACUUUUCUAUGGCGGUUCCCAUGUUGGGCGCUUCAGUCAGCGUUAUCACCACUGGGCAAUCAUCAAAGGCACCGCAAGGGAAGAUGCCGUGUGACGGAGGAUGAGGCUCAGUAUGAUGAUCGACACGUGUGGGCAUUUCGGGGUUCCUACACCGCCUGUGACAAGAAGGAUCGAGUUGGCAACAGCAACAACAAAGAACAGUUGACUUGAACAGCAUAUACGCUUUCUUGUGUGAUUGUGGCAAUCCUUCGCUCCUGGUGGCUCUUACGCGAUCAACGGGGCAGUGAAUACCCGCUCCCCAUGGACCACCUUGUUGCAAGGCCAGCAACAAUCUCAUCCCACACGAGAGAAUGGCCAGCCAGGAACAUCUGGACCACUAGCCAUGAUGUGGAUCGACACGCAUGCACGGCAGUGGGCGUACAGCGAAAGACGCCGUCGAGCUAUUUCGCAACGCCUUUUGUACCGCUCCUGCGUUCAACGUGUAUCGACAAUCCCAGACCUCUACAACGACGGCGGCGGGCUUAUCAAUUAUCCAGGCAUUUCCCGUUGUCCCUUGGGGCGUUAAUACGUUGAAUCCUAUACUGCGUGCAGGAUGUGUGUCCCGGCAUCUGAGGGUCCAGUUCAGCUUGUUGAAGCGGUAUGGGGAUUGGAACUCGCUCGGCGCGGAGGAUUCUUCCCUGCCGGACGCAAGCGACGCCCCUUUGUACCUAGAGAAAGCGUGCGAGAUAGGGCGUCGUUACUGCUGCUAUUAGGAUCUUGCUCUGAAGCCGAUGACGAGGGCAACAAUGCUGCCCUCGGUGACGGGCAGGACAAUGAUGGAAGCUCAUGGAUAUGAUUCUGUCCGUCCCCAUUGUCGUUGCAAACCUGGGUUACAAGAAACGCGAAAGGGAAUCCAUAGAGUACAAUUUCUCCUGAUCCUUGAAGCAAUAGUAGGGAAUGAUGACGAUGGUCGCCUUCUCCCUCACCUGCUCCAUGAGCACAUCUUUGACGAGCUCGGCCUCCCACGGCCUCCGUUUCUGUAGAU